AUGGCGCUCAUACAAAUGGCCUCUGUUGAAGACGCCGUUAUUUCCUUGAUUAAAUUGCAUAACUACCAGCUGGCCGAGACAUCACACCUCAGAGUCUCUUUCUCCAAAUCAACAAUAACAUCACUGCAACUCAACAACAACAACAUCUUAAAUGAUCAUAACACAUACAACAACAACAACAACGCCAUCAUCGCUACUAGUAGCAACAAUAACACUGAUCUGAACAACAACAACAACAACAACAACAACAUUAAUAAUAACAACAACGAUAAUAACAACAUUGACAUAGAUAAUAACAAUAAUAAUAAUAAUAAUAACAAUAAUAAUAAAUACACUUACGUAAAUGCUGGUAACGGGGGUCAGAUUAUUUUUUCAACGGCUGAACUUGUGAACGUGUUCGGAUUUACUGCUACUACUGCUACUACUACUACUACUACUACUACUACUACUACUACUACUACUACUACUACUACUACUUAA